AUGGAUUUGGGUGAAAGAUUUGGUAGAGCUAUUAAGGUGGAUGAAACUACAUUGAAGAGAGAAGUUGGCUACUAUGCUAGUGUUCUUGUGGAAGUGGAUUUAUCAAUAUAUAUUCCGAAUCAAUUUUUAUUAAAAACAAAGUACGGUAGUUUUAGUCAAGAAGUUCAAAUUCCUCAAACACCCAAGUUUUGUAACCAUUAUAAGGUGGUAGGGCAUUUGGUCACUGAAUGUAGAUCAAACAAAAGUAACUUUCAGUCUGGAAAGGAGCAAGUAGUAAAGGAAAAGAGACAAUGGAAGCCUAAAGUGAGAAUUCCAAGUACAAGUGGUUUUGAUAUCUUUUUCACAAAUGAAGAAAAAUCAAUGCAACAGCAGGUUGAUGAUCUUAUUUUUAGUGAAGAUGAAAUGAUGGAUGUUAUUGUACCUCCAAUAUUGCAUCCAGGGGAGAAUUUAGAUGGUCUUAUGGACAAGCAAUUUACUCUUGAUAUUCAAAAGGAUUUUCCAUUAUUAUCUGAUGAAAAAUUACUUAAUGUAGCUUCAGUUAAUUUUUGGGUCCUUUUAUUAAAGAGCCAGGGAAAGUAG